AUGUUUGUGUACCAUUCACCUGAAGUUUCUAAAAGUGAUAAAGAGAAUCCUUCUAAUAAUAGAAAGAUUAUUGCAAAGAAUUUGAAAUGGCGCUCAACUACUAAAGAACAAAUCAAGCCAUUCUUAGCACUGAAUAGGACAGUUAGUGGCUACAAAAGAUUCCUAAAAAAUGCUGUGCAAAAUGCUUAUGAUAAACAAUUAUCUAAUAUGCUUCCUUAA